AUGGAGGCAUAUCCUUCUGACUUUGUAGUUCACAACCUACCCUUUAUAGUCCUCUCUGGUCUAGCGACUAACAAGGAGCUUGAUCCCCCUCGUCCAGUGCAAGAUGUCCUCCCAGGCCGGGCUGUCACAAACAUCAGCUCCGACAUUCCACCCGUAACUAGUGAACGCGCAUCUGAGCUACUCCACGAGUUUCUCAGUGCAGAUGGCACCAACGCUCCCUGGAACGGACGGAGCUUUAGUCGCAGAGGGAUCACACAUGGCUUCCGGAUACGGAGCACCUUCCAAUUGCCCCCCAAAAAGGCGAACGCGCCCACAAACUCCGAGACGACACCUCCGAACAGUCCAGCCAUUGCAGCCGCAACAUCGUGGGUUCUGCAUUCACCCAUAUCCCCACUUUCGCCAGGCUCUCCCUCUUUCCCCGAUGGCGUAAUUUCUCCCGCGUGGGUCUCGAAGCAUCAGCACUAUGUUCCCUCCGUAUACAUAUCCUUCUUCGACUUCACUACAGACCCCAUCACAAACAGUCUACAUGACAACCAGUUGAAGACGGAGAUCAACAAGAUCAAGGGCCAAUUACAAAAGUCUGACUAUCGUAUCCGACAUGUGGUGGUGCUAUUGAGUGAUAAGACCAUACUGGAGGCACCCGAGAUUGAGGAUAGAUUAGCCGUCAUACGCCGGGCUACUGGCUUGGACCCCAAGAAUUCACUUUUCUUCCUACCACCGCGAACGUCUCGAGUCGAGUUAGAAGCCUUUGUCACUUCUGUUUUAGCCAUCCUGCAACCCAUUUGCGUCGAAUACUACAGAGACCUUACAAAGCAUGCCCGGAGAAAGAAGAAUCGGGGUACCAUUCCUCCUCCCACUGCUCCGCCUACGCGUGGGACUUCUCAGACCUUGUCUUACCCUGGAUGGGGGAUUCGUUAUGACUUCAAGCUCGGCAUCUUCGCAGAGUUCCGCCAGGAAAUGGAUGCUGCCCAGCGUCACUACAGCGUUGCUUUGGAGUCUUUGUUUGGCCCCGAAGGCUUGUUUGAAACUACUGCGAGCUGGUCUCCCAGAUGGGACGAGAUACGGCUGCUGGCAGACAUCAUCGCGCUACGGCACAUCCGGUGCCAGCUAUGGAACAACUAUCCUACUUCAGCAGUUCAGACGUGGUUAAGAUACAAGGAGAGGUUACAAGACGUGCUUGAUCGCCGGGGUAAGGGAACUGCAAAUUACGGUUGGCAAGCAUGGGAGUCAAGGUGGGCCGCGGCAAUGGCGCAGAUUGUUCAGCGGGCAGAACUGCCAAUCUUCAAGAUAAGAGAUCCUGCCCAAGAGACAGAUCUUUUGAUGGACAUCCCGAGCGCAUUGUAUUCACAGCCUGAAAAGCAAUUCCCGAUAGGAGAAAGGAUGCCUCCAUGGGAGCUUUUGCACCAUGCCGGCUAUUGGCACAAAGUCGCAAGCGACCAUGCGAAAAGGCGCUAUCUACUCGCGAGGGAUAUGCCCGAAGACGACAGAGUCCCUCCAGGCAUGUCGCCUGCUACAAAGGUUUCUAAUCGGAACCAGAUCUAUGAUUACUACCUCGUUCCACAUCCGCAUGAGGAGUACCCCAUGCCUGGCGUUGGCAAUGGAUUUGAGCAUUGGAGAGACAUCUCGGGCAAGCUCAACGCCGCCAUAGCAGAGUUUCGAACCCGAGGACAGCUUCGGAAGGUGGACCAGCUGCAGCUAGAGGUUGCUCGAACACUUCUGCAUGUCAACAGGUUCGGAGAUGCCUUCAAGGUUCUACGCCCACUCUGGGAGACAAUGGCCUGGAGGAAAGAAGGAUGGUGGGUUUUGACUUCAGAGGUGGUAUGGGCCUUGCAUGAGUGUGCACUACGGACAAAAAGUCUGGAAACUUUUGUGGCUACGGAAUGGGAGUUGCACAGUCGAACGAUUCCUGGCAAGACUAAAUACAAAUACGACCUAAUGAAAUGUCUGGACCCACUGUGGAGCGAGGGAAGUGACAAAGUGAGCGUGAGUCUGAACGUCAAGGACCACCUAUCCUGCUUGCAUACAUCCUUCGCUUUCUCCGAAGCCGAGGGCAACGUGGGUGAACCACUGCAGUGUCAGAUCGCUAUUACAUCCAAUGCUCGGCAAGGUUCUGCUCCUGUUACCUUGUCAUCUCUACAAUAUCAAUUUAACGGUGGUCUGGCUGAAGUACGGUUGACUCACGGCGAACAAGAUGCAGCUCAUAGCGCUUCGAUAAUGUACUCAUGUACGUUAGAAGAGACUCAUUCGACUACUUGCAAGCCAAGAUGGGAGGGGGUCUCCGAUCUGACUCUGCAUGCUGGCCAGACCAAGGUGUACAAUUUUCCAAUUGUUUUCCGCGAGUCAGGCGAUGUAGAUGUGGGAACAUGUGUAUUUGAAGUGAGCACAGGGAAGUUCAGCCUGAUCUGCUCAGACACUGACCCCGAUAUCACGGCUCGUCCGCUGUGGUGGAUCAAAUCAGACACGAAGAUCAAGUCAAGAGCGUUGAAACAAGGAUCUGGCACAUCCGUUCAUAUUCUGCCGAAGCCGCCGAAGAUGGAGAUCAGUCUUCCAGAAGUCCGGAAUCAAUACUACACAGACGAACCCGUUACCUUGGCCAUCGAAAUACUGAACCAAGAAGAGGAGGAUACCGAAGCUGUGCUCGAGGUACGACUCUUGGGUCGCUCAAAAGAUACUCUUGCCUACACAUGGGUGGAACGCCCAGCAUCUUCGCCAAUGAAAGAAGUGCCCCCUCCACUCGACGGAUCAGCAGACAUGGACCUUCCCGGACACGUCGUAGGCCAACUAGCUCAAGGCGCGCGAACAACGGAGAAAAUCCGCUUCACGGCGCCCCCAGACCCAGCCGACUACGCGCUCGAAGUAAAAGUCCUCUACCACGUCCUCAGCGACCGUGACAUACCCAUCUCCAAGAUCCUUGUCACCGACCUCGUCUUCAACGCCCCCUUCGAAGCCAGCUACGACCUCAACGCACGCGUACACCCGGAUCCCUGGCCCAGCUACUUCUCCCUCACAGAAGCCGAGUCUACCGCGCCUCCCAACCCAGAAUCUCCGGACGCCUUCGGCAUAGCCCAAAAAUGGGGCCUACGCGCCAAAGUCGCCUCUUUCGCCGACGAGCAACUCAUCGUCUCUGACCUCUGCGUCAAAGUCCACAGCAUCCACGGCGGCGCCACAUGCGACGUAACCAAGGAAUUUACCAACGUCUCUCCUACAGAGAUGGACCCCCACAUCCUCACCGAAUGGAGCUUCAGCCUCGACGUACGUAAGAAUAAUCUCGAGGAACGACGGGCUACCGCGCUAGAUACUACACUCGAUAUAACGUGGCGUCGUACGUCGGACCCUAGCGCUCCCCUAGUCACAUCCUCCCUACCCAUCCCCCGCAUCCAGAUUCCCUCCUCGGAACCCCGCGUCCUAGCCUCUUCCACCCUCUCAGACGAAAUCCCCUGCCUUGUGCACCUAGACUAUUAUCUCGAGAACCCCACUAUGCACUUCCUUGUGUUCGAGCUCGCCAUGGAGGCGAGCGAGGAUUUUGGGUUUAGUGGCGCCAAAUUGAGGACGCUGCAUUGUUUACCGAUGAGUAGGAUGGUUGUGAGGUUUAAUUUGCUGGUGGGUGAUGCCGAGGAUGGCAGCAGUGGUAAAGAUGGUGAAGGGGAUGGGGGCAGGUGGAUUAAUCCGUGCUUGAAGGUGAUGGAUCGAUAUUUCAAUAAGAGUCUCAAGGUGCAGGGGACCGAGGGUAUGAGGGUGGAUGCGAAGAAGGGGGUGGGGAUAUGGGUGCCGGCUUGGAAGGGGGAUUGA